UGCCUACAUUCAGCGAGCAGAACAGUAAGCGGAUAACCCAUCUCCCGAGUAAAACAAGCUUUCAGUUGUUCUCAUUUUUAGUAUUAAGGUCCUGGUGAGUAUUUUUAACGAGAGGUUUUUCGCACCUUUUCCAUUUUUUUCUAAAUUUUGAAGCGUCUUUGGGAUUUUUUUUUUAUUGUUAUUUUUGUUUUUAUUGCAAUUUUUCCUGGCUGGUUUUUCCGAGACUGUGUUGGCUGGCUGGCUGGCUGGCUGACUGUUAUGGCGUACAUUUUGUGACGGCAGUAGAAACAGCUCAUAAACUAGUUUGCUGUAACAUUCACCUCGGUGUCUUUGCUUUGUUUUUCUAUUUUAAACCUCCAUUUUUCAGGCAUGUUGUGUUCUCUUGUCGUGUAUCUGACUGUUGGCUCGUUUUCAUGGAGAGAAAUGUGGAGGAUUGUUCCAGGAUGAUCUGGACUGCUUUUUUUUUAACCGGCUUGCUCAAUCUCUGGAAUAAAAAUAUGUUUUUUAUGUUGCUUUUUCAUCAGCCAGCCAAAACCUGGUUUACAUUUCUUGAAGUAGUGUUUUUCAAUUUUCUUUGUAGUGAUUGCUGAGGCUUUAUGUUUUCCUGCAGAGGAGUGAUGUCAUUUUUCAGGCAUUUUUCAAGGACAACAUUUGAACAUUUUGCACAGUCAACAAGUUGGAGUUUUCUUUGCAUAGGACUCUCUUCUCUCCAACAGACAGAAAGGCAGGCAGGCAGCCCUCCACCGAGCCGAUAAAGACACAAUGGACUGGUCGUCGUCCUCCACCUCCAGCUCCAUGGCGAGCAGCAACGUGACCAACAAGAACGACCCCCACUCCCUGAACUCCCGAGUCUUCGUCGGCAACCUCAACACCUUACUGGUCACCAAGGCCGACGUGGAGGCCAUCUUCUCCAAGUAUGGCAAGAUCGUCGGCUGCUCCAUCCACAAGGGUUACGCCUUCGUGCAGUACUCCAAUGAGAGGAACGCCAGGGCUGCUGUGGCUGGGGAGAAUGGCCGGAUGAUUGUCGGUCAGGUGUUAGACAUUAACCUGGCAGGUGAGCCAAAGCCUCGCCGAUCGAAGACGGUGAAACGAUCAGCAGGAGACAUGUACAGUUCAUCUUUUGAUUUGGAUUAUGAUUUCCAAAGAGAUUACUAUGACAGAAUGUACCCAUACCAGUCUCGGGUGCCUCCUCCCACCCCACCUCCUCUGUCACGUGCCGUGGUCCCCUCGAAGCGCCCCAGGGUGAGUCUGAGUAGCGGGGGAAGCCGAAGGAUUAAGACUGCCUUUUCCUCAACCUCCUCCAAGAGCAGCCAGAGGGCCUCCCACACAAUGAGGACGGACGUUUUACAGACCAUCAAGAGAGAGCUGACACAGAUUAAGCAUAAGGUGGACUACCUGCUGGACAGCUUGGAGCACAUGGAGAAGGACCACAGUAAGAAGUCGGAGAUUAAAAGCUCCAAGCCAGAACCCGGCGAGGUGUCUCCGCUCCACUCAUCUACUUCCAGCAAGAAGGAGGGUAGCCUGAAGAGAGCCAGAGGGAGCCAGGAGAUGGACGACUCGGAGGAGGACGGAGACCUGCUGGAGGAAGAGGAUGAGGUGAAAAGCAGAGGGCGAGACGAGGACGACGGCGAGCAGGAGGAAGGAGAGGACGACGGCGACAGCACCAACGAAGACGAGUCCUGAACGGGUUAUGGAGAAAACACACAAACCCGAACAAAACAAGACGUGUGUUAAACCUUCUCCACGCCACAGUUAUCUGCUCGUUUCUGAUAAUAAAGUGAUAGAAUUUUUACACAGCUUUGACUUUCCUGCAGAUUAGAAGUGAAUUCCUCUUUGUCUCCUUUUUUUUAUUAAAUGUUUCAUGUGUUUCCUCUGAAUGGCCCUCUGCUGCUAGUAGACAACUGUAGUUUUCCCUGCAUUUGGUGAAAAUUGAAGUUGGGCAGAUGAGAAAUGUAAAUUAUUUCAUGUUUGGGAAUUUUGCUGCGUGUUUAGCUUACAGAUAGCUGAAAGUUUUUAGGGUAUGGUGUAAAACAACACUUUCUCACUGGCCCACCUACCAGCAUUAUGCUAAUAUUAAGUGCAACUUCUUCCUCACUUAGAGAUAUUAAGAUUUACUGUACAACAAAAAGAACUGCUCUUUUUUUUUUCAUCU